AUGUUGCGCAAGAUCGCCUCGGCGGUCUCCUUAUUCUCUGGCACCCCGGGCCCUGCACCGGCUGGCCACCACAACACGCAGCGCGCAAAGGAGUACACCAACCUCGCCGGCUUGCUCGAAAAGGACGGAGUGCCCGUCUCGCACGCCGACUGCGCAGGCUGCGCCGAGCCCUGUGCCGACAGUGCAAACGACACGGGCAAUGGCACCAUCAAUGAGAUUGGUAACGCCUGGGACGGCAAGACCUACGACGAGUAUGUCCACGACAAGUAUGGAGACCUCGGCAUGCUCCCUAGCAACCUCGGCGUCGACUGGGAGUCGGAUCUAGCGGGUUCUGGCGGUCCCCCCACCGGCCGCGUCGUCGUUAUCUCGACAGCCAAGAGCAACUGGCCCCGCGACCACACCGACGACACAGAGACCCUCUCGUACCAGCUCCACCAGUACCUCCAAAAGGUCUCCACCAGCAAAGAGCCUAAGCGCCAGGCCAACGCCAAGCAGCCGUCCACAUAUGUCCUUCCCUCUGCUUUCCCAGCCCCGUCGGAGCCGUUGACAAAGCCCGUCAACUCGACACCUUCGCUCUACUCGUCGUCGUUGGUCUCACAGUCCGACGACCCCCAGGACCAGACUGCCAUCAUCUUCCCAGACUGGAAGGUCACCUGCGAAAUCGAAAACUCGCUCGACGGCGCCAAGGGUCUGUGGGAGGGCGCCCUUGCCGGUACCUUGGGACGUGCGGGCCGUAGUUUGCAGGACGGUGGCGCCGGUGUCGAACGCCGCCGCUCGUGGGUCCUCCCUUACCGCGCAAUCGUUUUGGUCUGCUCGCACAAGAACCGUGACAAGAAGUGUCACAUCGCUGCUGGUCUCCUCCGCCCCGCCAUUCGCGCCGUCUGCGAGAAGAACGGCAUCAGCGUCGACGAGACCGGCAAGGCGCUCACCCACCUCGAGGGCCCUCCUCUCGAAGAGGUCGAGGGCACUGACGCCGAGCGCGAGGCCGAGGUGGGCCGCCGUAUGGAGGAGAUUGAGGGUGUCCACGGCGGCGAAGGUGGCGAGAUUGGUCUCUUUGACAUCAACCACCUCGGCGGCCACCGCUACGCUGGUGUGAUGCUCAUCCUCUUCCCCUCGGGCGCGUACCUCUCGUACGGCCGCGUCACGCCGCAGGAGAUUCCCCGUGUCAUCGAGGAGACCAUUCUGCAGGGCAAGAUUGUUCCAGGCCUCCUCCGUUCGGGUGCCGGCAUCCUGCGCCGCGACGCGACCAAGCAGUGCGGUAUCCUCAACUGGUAG